AAAUCCAAAUUUUAAUAUCGAGACAUUUCAAUAUAUUACGCACACCAAAGUCCAAACGACCUUCGGAUUCGAGCCGGGUCAGAAUUCGCCCGAUCUAUUCCCCUAAAUCAAAGUCGACUCUGGAACCCUUAUUUUUUAUUCGCAAACUGUGCUCCGUUUCUUCAUUGAGGCAUUUGACUCCAAUGUUUAAGAACACGUUUCAAUCCGGAUUUCUUUCCAUUUUGUACAGCCUAGGGAGCAAGCCUCUGCAGAUUUGGGAUAAAGAAGUUGUUGAUGGACAUGUCAAACGGCUGCAAGAUGAAGAUAUCCAAUCCAAUGUCCUGGAAAUUACUGGGUCGAAUGUCCAGCAAGCAUACAUAACGUGUCCUGCGGAUCCUAAUGCGACGCUUGGGAUAAAGCUGCCCUUCUUAGUCAUGAUAGUGAAGAAUGUGAAGAAGUACUUCACAUUUGAAAUUCAGGUUUUAGAUGAUAAAAAUGUCCGGAGAAGAUUUCGAGCUUCUAAUUAUCAAGGGGUCACACGAGUGAAACCCUAUAUUUGCGCUAUGCCCUUGAGAUUGGAUGAAGGGUGGAAUCAAAUCCAGUUGAACCUCUCUGAUUUGACCAGACGAGCUUAUGGGACCAACUAUGUUGAAACACUGCGAGUUCAGGUUCAUGCAAAUUGCAGGCUAAGGAGGAUCUACUUUUCUGAGCGUCUGUAUUCAGAAGAGGAACUCCCACCAGAAUUCAAACUUUACCUUCCAAUGCAGAAAUCUUGAGGAUCUUCUCUUCAAACCAGCAGACAAGGCACUUUGGUUGUCGACAUUCGCCUGUGAGCUGGUAUAUUAAUAUUGGAAUGUAACAUGUUGAUCUUGGAAAUAUUGAUUACCCUAGAUGGUAAUUCAGUUCCUAUAGAGAGCACCUGGAGUUUAUGUUACUACUUAUUAAAGUAUUUUGUUAAAGAGGACUUGGUGUAAAUGCUGGUGCUUCAGUUGACCCAAUUGAAAGUAUUUCGAAACUUUCUGGGCUUUACAAUA